CAGCGCCGCGAUGAAGCGCGACCCGCAGCUCCCCGAGGAGAGCCCGGAGCCGCCGCCACGCCCGCCCCUCUCCUCCUCCUCCUCCUCCUCCUCGUCGCUCUCGGGGCAGGCGGAGGGCGCGGAGCUGGCGGCCCCGGUGUGGAUCUUCGGGUACGGCUCGCUGGUGUGGAGGCCGGGCUUCGAGUUCACGUCGCGCAAGGUGGGCUUCAUCCGCGGCUACAGCCGCCGCUUCUGGCAGGGGGACACCUUCCACCGCGGCAGCGAGAAGAUGCCCGGGCGGGUGGUGACGCUGCUGGAGGACUGCGGGGCAUGCACGUGGGGUGUAGCCUAUGAGGUCCGUGGGGAGCAAAUCGCUGCAUCGCUCGAGUAUCUCAACAUGCGAGAAGCUGUCCUGGGAGGCUAUGACACCAAGCUGGUGAAGUUCCACCCUCAGGAGAAAGAUGCAGAGGAACCCAUCCUGGCUCUUGUUUACAUUGCAACACCCCAGAACCCUUCCUACCUUGGCCCAGCAUCUGAAGAAGACAUUGCAGCUCAAAUCAUUGUCUCAAGCGGUUGUGCUGGUCACAACAUAGAGUACUUGCUGAGACUGGCAGACUUUAUGCGCUACUUCUGUCCUCAAGCAGAGGAUAAACAUCUCUUCUCCAUCGAGGAGGCUCUUAUCUCCAUCCUUCCUUGUCUAUACUACACAGAGGAGUCUCUAGAAGAAACUGCAAGUGUCCCUCAGAAGUCUAAGGGUUGAAAUAGGAAAUAUUUUUGCAGGUUCAGUAAAAGGGACAUAAGGGAGAAGAAAGCAGUGGGGACAAUCUUAACUGAUAAAAUAUACUGGACUGAGAGUAAAGGGAGACCUAGCAAGUAGUUGGGAAGGGAGGAGGGAAGUGGAGAGUAAAAGGCUUGCUAUAGGACUUGCAGUUAGUACUUGUUACACUCCUUAUCUGUAGCAUCACCAUACCCAUCACUGCUUUCCAGCUGAGGAGCUGGGAUCUUCACAGGAACUCUGCUCUGUAAGACUUGCUUCUGGGAGUUAAACCUGAGGCACUCGUUUUCUGUAGAGAAAGAGGCUCAUCUAUUCUGUGCACUUUCUCUUUUUUUCUUACCUUUUUUUUUUUUGAAGACUAGUUGAGCAGGACUUGACUGGAUUUAAGCAGUAUCUAUGUAAUUCUACCUCAGAUUGGCAAAAAACUGUGUGGUGAUGGAGACUUUGGCAGAUUCCGCCAAAUAAAACCUUUAUUUUUUUUCUCC